CUGGAGAUGGCCCGGGCUCGUGGCGCGGCCGCGGCGUCGGCGGGCAAGGCGGGAUGCGGGAGUUCCGGGCGGCCGCGGGCGCGGCAGCGGCCCCCGCAGGGGAAGCGGCGCAGCAAGCCGCGGCCGGAGGUGAACUCCCGGCCCGAGGGCGCCGACCAGCAGGACAUCCCCUUCCGGCUCCGCGAGAUCAUGAGGAGCCGCCAGGAGAUGAAGGCCCCGCUCAGCAACAAGAAGAGGAGGAAGCAGGCCCAAGUGACCUUCAAGAAGACGUUAGAGCAGGAAGCGAAGGGAGAGGAGCCGGACAUCCCCGUGCCCAAGUUCAAGCGGAGGAAGUGGGAGUCGGACAGGGCCUACGUCCAGCGCAUGGAGCAGGAGGCCCAGCACGUGCUGUUCCUCACCAAGAACCAGGCCGCCCGGCGCCCAGAGGUGCAGGUGCCAGCCAGGAAGUCUGAGCGCCAGAAAGCGUUCCAGAGGCGGCGUCUGGAUAAGGUCCGGCAGCGGAAGGAGGACCAGGCUGCCGACCGGCUGGAGCGGGAGCUGCUCCGAGAUACGGUGAAGUUCGGUGAGGUCGUCCUGCAGCCCCCGGAGCUGACUGCCAAGCCCCGGAAGAGCAUCGGCCAGGAGGAGCCUGGCAAGAAGUCACUGCUGCUGCGUUCGCUCUGGAGCCCCAGAGCGUCCCAGCCUCCGCGCAGCUCGCUGGCCCGGGAGCGCAUCGUCAGGGAGGAGAGGGAGCGCGCCGUGCAGGCCUACAGAGCGCUGAAGCGGCAGAAGCAGCCGUGGCAGGGGCCACAGCCUGCACGGCCACGCGGCCCUGUUCCCCAGAAACGGGAGCCACUUCACUGACAGUGG